AUGCGAUCAAUAGGGAGAACCGGUUUAUACCCAGGAGGAUUGAUAUGGCGAGAUCAUCUGCACCGACUCACCACCAUAUCCCCUGUCGACCCAUUGGAUGGAUCAGCUUACAGCCAAGAGGUUGCCAGGGCGUGUGGUCUCGAUCUCAACAGCCGCAUUUUGUGCUUCAAUGCCGAAGCCCCUUCGCUGGACAAUCGAGAAUCCUUGGUGGAUGAUUACUACCUGAAUCUGUUGUCGUGGUCUUGUAUGAAUCAGCUGGCGAUCGGACUGGACAAGUCAGUAUUUGUGUGGAAUGCCGAUCGGGAACACGUCGAGUCUUUGGUCACGCUGAAGGGCAACUUGGAUUCGGUCACGCUCGUCUCGUGGGCAGACGAUGGCGCGUCGUUGGCAAGUGAUGUUCAAGUUUGGGAUGUCGAGACAAGGACCAAGCUCCGAACUAUGUCGGGACAUGCUGCGCGUGUUGGAGUGUUGGCAUGGGACAAGCAGAUUGUCAGCUCUGGAUGUAGAGAUGGAUCGAUCUGGAACCAUGAUGUCCGUGUACAUAACCACAAGGUUGCGGAGCUGUCGAACCAUACGAACGAGGUCUGUGGGCUGACUUGGAGAAGCGAUGGAAUGCAGUUGGCCAGUGGUGCGAACGACAACAUUGUCAACAUCUGGGAUGCCCGCUCCACCGCGUUGGCAUGGUGCCCGUGGCAGUUGAAUUUGCUAGCAUCAGGAGGUGGGACAUACGACAAGCAGAUCCACUUUUGGAACUCGACAUCGGGUGCGCGCGUGAACACACUGAAUGCGGGAUCUCAGGUCACGUCGAUCAUCUGGGCCAAAGAGUACAAGGAGUUCAUGUCGUCCCAUGGUUAUCCGAACAACAACCUGUCAGUGUACAGCUACCCUUCGAUGAGCAAGGUGGUGGACAUUCCAGCGGCUCACGACUCGAGAGUGUUGCAUUCUGCAGUCUCGCCUGAUGGACAGACUGUGGCGACGGUUGCGAACGACGAGAAUUUGAAGUUUUGGAAGUUGUUUGAGAAGCAGCCCAAGGAUGGCAAGGGUAGCAGUAAGAGGGCGAAGCUGUCGUUGUCGGGUUCUGCUGGUAGUGGCAGUGGUGGGCUGUUGGAGGAUGAUGGCGAUUGCGGUGGAGAUGGCGGAACUGGAGGUGGGUUCCUCCAUGGCAAAUCGAUUUCAUCCCUGACACGCAUCAGAUAA